AACACCCUGCAUACAAGUCAAAAACUUUAGAAGAGCUGCGCCAGGCCAUUCUAAACUUUGAAGGAUGUGCCUUAAAGAAAACCGCCACAAAUACAGUUUUUUCUGAUGGUGUUCCAGACGCAACAAUUAUGCUGAUUGGGGAAGCUCCUGGUGCUGAUGAGGAUCGCUUAGGGAAACCUUUCGUCGGAAUGAGCGGUCAGCUGCUUGAUAAGAUGUUUAAAACGAUUGAAUAUUCUAGAGAGAAAAACAUCUAUAUCACCAAUAUGCUUCCUUGGCGUCCUCCCGGAAAUCGCCCUCCCACAACUGAAGAGAUUGCUUUGUGUCUUCCUUUUGUGGAAAAACAUAUCGCUCUUAUUCAGCCUCAAUGCCUUAUCUUUGUUGGGGGCACCUCUGCAAAAGCCCUUCUGAACACAAAAUCAGGCAUCAUCCGUCUCAGAGGGAUCUGGACCCAGUAUAAAAACCAGUUUAUGGACACACCCGUUAAAGCACUUCCCAUAUACCACCCUGCUUAUCUUUUGCGUUCUCCCAGCAACAAGCGCAAAGCCUGGCAUGACUUGAUGCUGAUCCAACGAACCCUAGAGAUGGUUUGA